AUGGCGGGUGGUGAUGUUAGUAAGUUAGUUGGAGCCGUUAAGGAUGCUCUUCAUGGUGAAUGGGCUGAAUUCAAGAAAUCUGGCCUGAUUAAAGACAAGCCUGUAUGUUUAUAUGCAAUCGGGGGACAGAGAGAUACCCCAGUCUCCUCUUUGGCAAGUGUUAGCAAGGGUGUGUGUGAGUGGGAAGAAUGUCUCAAACAAACUGUUGAUCCAAAAGUCGAUAAGACAAGGGGUGUGCUACCUAGUGAAGUGAUGGUUGGAGCUGAGGGACAGAUUUCACUCUACCCAAUUCGCCGUCAUGUUCCUGUGGAAGUACCAGCUUCUACCCCAGGGAGCACAAUAUCCUCCGCUUCAAGAGCUAAAGAUGUCAAAACUCCACCGGCUGUGACGGUGGUCAGAGGCAAAGUCCUGUCACCUAAAGCCCUCCUAAUGAAUGCUUUUGAACAGUCUUCAAACUACAUGUUAGAUCACGUGAAACGGGUGAGUGAAAAUGCCUUCAUCGCUGGGAACAACAAAAUAUUGUUCAUGUGUCUUGCUUCUGCAGCUAUUGUGAGAAGUCGUCUUAAUGUUUACAAGGAUAUUCUCAAACAACCAACGUCCAAUCUCAACUCAGCUGGGCCUGACGUCACCGUGGUGACUCUCAACUCAGCUGGGCCUGACAUCGCCGCGGUUACUCUCAACUCAGCUGGGCCUGAAGUCACCGCGGUUAUGAAUCUGACAGCUGCUUUAGGUAGAUGCGGAGAAAUUGUCGAAUUUAUGAUGCAGAACAUCCUCUCUUACAAUUGUGAUUUGCUGCAUUCUGCUUUGCUGCAUGAUGCCAGUAGCCAUGACUGGACCCAUCCCAAACCAUAUCAUGAAAAUGAGAGGCCUUCCCUUGCUAUUCAAAUGUGGGCCUUCUACAUGCAGGGUGUCCGUAAUGACUUGUGGAGAUAUACAUCCCCUCGAAUAAGUGAAAGCAUUCUAGCAAGUAUAUUUACGGAUACUCUGAGUUUGAUGGUUACUAGAUAUGCGCAGAUUGAACAUAGUGAUGUUCGAAUGUCACAGUAUUCUGCAGAUAUUGUUGCUAUACUGACUAUAAUUGCUGCCACACUACCAUCUCUCAUUGCAUCUCCAGCAAUGUUUUUCUCAGUUCGAAUUCAUGAAUCAGUAGCUUUGCCCAUUCAUAGACGGGCAGAAUUGCUCAUCAAGAUUGCUGCCUUAAAGUGUGCGCCUAUUGAAACCAUAGCAAGGGUAUUCCAUAAAGGUUUUGACAAUGCACUAAAGCGAACAGGAUAUCCUGAGUCCAGAACAAGCAUUGAAUCGACUCCUAAUUGGCUGAAUUUUCUCAAUCCCAUUCUGUUUCCUAAAGGGAAGUCUUCUCUUAGAUAUGUGGGAGAUAAUGCAGCAGUCUAUCUUACAUUUCUUACAGUAGCAAGUAGACCACAACCCCAGUUCUCAUUACUUGUCAGGGGUCUGCUAAUGCGACGCUAUCUAGGAACCAAAGUUCUCUUAUCUGGGUUGCAAGAUGAACCAGGACAGGUUACAGCAGGAGAACCAUGUAAAGGACCUUUGUGCAUGCCUCACCUGUGUGCACCACCUCUUCUACCUCAUACAGUUUAUGCUGCUGUUUGUCAGAUUCUUCUUAAAUGUACAGACAAUGUUAUGGUGCUGUCUAGGAUCAUAAGCCCGGGCAUUAAAGAGUCUGGCUCCUGGGAUUCUCUGGAUCGUACACAGGUUUGGAAUGUGCAGCGUCCUCCAUGGCAUCAUGCAUUGGUCCAACUUGUGACUCCAAGUGUUGUAGGCGUUGUAUCAGAGGUGAUACGAGCAGUUCCUCAACUACCGCCUGCUAAGCCUGCCCAUCCCAGCCAACAAUCUGUUCGACUGGAGCAUCAUUUGGCUGCCUGGACACUGCAACUGCUGACUGGUAUAGAGGCUGUAGCUGACACAAUGCCGCACGCAGUAGUAUAUGCUGCUCACACCAUAAAUGCUUCUCUGCCACCAACCAUUAAACCUACAGGAGGACAUGUAAUUACACAGCUGGUAGUUAGUGCUCUUUACUCCACAAUCAAUUCAAGGAGCUCUCUGGAUGACCUGAAUGACUUUCCCAUAUCAGAUGGUCAAUGGGACAUGAUGAUUGCUGUUGGUGAAAGACUUUGUUCCCUGCAUGAUGGCAACUAUGAUACUCACCUAAAACAAAUGACCCUUGCACUGUUAGCUCAGCUUGAAGACCUGGAAGAUGAUGAAGAGGAGGAUACUAUUGAUGAGUAUUCUGACGAGGAUGUGAUUGACUGCAUGUGUUUGGCACAUGCAAAUACUGUUAUGGCAUCAGCUCAAGGUCAACAUGCUCUUGGAGCAAUAUGGGAAUUCUUGAAGAGAAAUAUGGAGUGGAUGCAGGAAGCUCUCUCUGUUCCAGCCAUACUCCCACUGACUUCUCAUUUUCCUCCAACUCCACUCUGCUUUACUCCAAAGCCACCUGCUUAUAAUCCAAUUUACUAUUACAAGCGGAUGAUACACACUCGUUUAGAUAACGCAAGCAUUAUGAACUUCAAAGGUGAUUGGGAAACUGUACUGUGGAACGAUCUGGGGAUGCCUAAGGAAACAAUAGUGAAUUUCAUUAGACAAAGACCAGAAUUUCAAGAGGGUGCUUAUCUUACUCGAGAGGAGACUGCAGCCGUGAAAAAAAUGGCUCCAUUUCUCAAAAACCUUGAUGAUCCUGAUGAUAGCGGUGAAGAUUAACCUAAUUUAGUUCGUCAGAAAAGGAAAUAUAAAAGGCUGUAAAAAGUACAGACUGAUUUGAAAAGGAAAUAAAAGGCUGUAAAAAGUA